UUUUAAGUGGUUGGAAAGACGAGGACUUUUCUAGUGGCAGCUUAAAUUUAAACAGCCCCUGAAUGCAGCACGUCUCCGUACCACUACGAGCAGCAGCAGCAGCGGCGGCAGCAGCGCUUUCUCUCCUGUAACCUAAACAAUGACUCCUACUACAGACCGGAGGAAAGCACACCAAUAGAAUGCGUUACACGGGACCAAAAACCUGCAUUUCGCUGCUAUUCCGACCACUCACUUAAAUGUGCCCACCGUAAACAUGUGGAUACCUACGGAACAUGAGAAAUACGGCGUCGUACUGGCCAGUUUCCGAGGGACUGUCCAGCAUGGCCUCCCGCUGGAAAUUGGAGACACGGUGCAGAUCCUGGAGAAAUGUGAAGGCUGGUACCGAGGAUUCAUCCUGAAGAAUCCAAAUGUCAAGGGGAUCUUCCCAUCCAGCUACAUCCACUUGAAGAAUGCCCACGUCAAGAAUAAAGGGCAAUUUGAGACCGUCAUCCCUGUUGAGGACUCCGUCAUCACAGAAAUGACGUCAACGUUGCGUGACUGGGGCGCCAUGUGGAAACAACUCUAUGUGUUUUCCCCCUCUGCCUCUCUUCUUCCACAGAAGAAUGAGGGGGAUUUGUUCCACCGGCUUUGGCACGUGAUGAAUGAAAUCUUGGACCUGAGGAGGCAGGUGCUGGUAGGCCACCUCACCCAUGACCGCAUGAGAGACGUCAAGCAGCACAUCACAGCGAGAUUGGACUGGGGCAACGAACAGCUCGGCUUGGAUCUGGUCCCAAGGCGAGAGUUCAGCAUGGUAGACCCCGACGAAAUCAGCGUCACAGAGCUUUACAGAUUGAUGGAACACCGGCAUCGUAAGAAGGAGACGCCUGCGCCCGCCAGCACCCAUCACUUAUUUGUGCACAUGAAGAGUCUGAUGAGCGCCAAUCUAGGGGAGGAGCUGGAAGUCUUUUUCCACAUUUAUGAUGGACGGGAGAACAGGCCACUCAGUGAAAGGUUCUUUGUGAAGCUGAAUAAGAGCGGGCUGCCCAAGUCUCCAGAGAAGACAGAGAGACAAUGCACACUAUUUGUGGAUUUGGGGAGCAGUGAUCUGCGAAAAGAUGUCUACAUCGUUGUUCACAUCAUAAGAAUAGGGAGAAUGGGAGCAGGAGAAAAGAAGAACUUGUGUAGCGUACAGUACAGGCGGCCUUUUGGCUGUGCUGUCGUCAGCAUUGCAGAUCUCCUUACUGCUGACUCCAAGGAUGACCACCUGCUCAAGGUUUAUGCGUGUAACACUGAGAGUGAGUGGUACCAAAUCCACGAGAACAUCAUUAAAAAGGCAAAUUCAAGAUACAACCUGUCAGGCUCCAACACAGGUCUUGCUGUGGCGCUCCAGCUCCUCCACGGGGAUAUAGAGCAGCUGAGGCGAGAGUACAUGGUCCUCUUCACUCGGGGGGUGUCCAUUACCAGAAAAUUGGGCUUCUCUGAUGUAAUCAUGCCAGGAGAGAUGAGGAAUGACCUUUACAUCACUCUGGAGAAAGGCGAGUUUGACAAGGGGGGGAAGAGCGUCGCCAGGAAUGUAGAGAUCACUGUGUAUGUGCUGGAUAUCGAUGGACAGAUCCUGAAGAGUCACGUGGCUGCCGGCUCCGGAGAACCAGGAGCAGACGAGUACCACUCCUUGGUGCUGUACCACAACAACAGCCCUCGCUGGGCCGAGCAGAUCAAGCUUCCUAUCCCUGUGGACAUGUUCCGAGGUUCACACGUCCGGUUUGAGUUCAGACACUGCUCCACUAAAGACAAGGGAGAGAAGAAACUGUUUGGCUACUCCUUUGUUCCUCUGAUGCAGGAGGAUGGCAGGACUCUGCCAGAUGGCACCCACGAGCUCAUUAUCCACAAGUGUGAGGAGAACACCAGCUUGGCAGACUGUUCACGCUACCUGAAGCAGCCUUUCUCCAAAGCCAACCUCCCGUCCAACAACCAGACUCUGAAAGGCACCAAAGAGUCUUUCUGGAUCACCAGCUUUCUCUGCUCUACCAAGCUCACACAAAACGGUGAUAUGCUGGACCUGUUGAAGUGGCGAGCCCACCCUGAAAGAAUCAACGACAGCCUCUCAAAGCUGAAGGAAAUUGAUGGCUCUGAGAUUGUCAAAUUUCUUCAAGACACCCUGGACACUCUCUUUGGUAUUCUGGAUGAAAGCUCUCAGCGGUACGGCCUCAAAGUAUUUGAUUCUCUGGUCCAUGUCAUUAACCUCCUCCAGGACAGCAAAUUCCAACACUUCAAACCAGUCAUGGACACUUACAUAGAGAGCCACUUUGCAGGAGCGUUGUCCUACAGGGACCUGAUCAAAGUUCUGAAGUGGUACGUGGACCGCAUUGUUGACGCAGAACACCAGGAUCACAUCCAGCAGGUGCUCAAGGCCACCGAGUACAUCUUCAAGUACAUCAUCCAGUCUCGCCGCCUCUUCUCAUUAGCCACUGGAGGCCAGAAUGAGGAGGAGUUCCGAGUUUGUAUCCACGAGCUCUUCAUGUCCAUCCGCUUCUUCCUCUCGCAGGAAAACAAAGGCACCAGCCCCGUCGCACAAACACAGGCGGUGUUCCUGAGGACAUUCCCGUCAGUUUACGGAGAGCUAUUGAAGAUCUUCACAGUGCGAGAGGUGGCCGGCUUUGUCAGGGAGACACUGGGCAGCCUGCCAACCACUGUUCACGCCGACUGCCCCCUGGAGGCUGUCAAACUGCAGUGCAUUGCCAAAACAGUGGAGGACCAGCUUUACAUAAACCCAGAGUCACGGUGCAUCCUGCUGCCAGUGGUGCUCCGGGUCCUCCAGGCGCACAUGCAGGAGCAGAGAGACCUGGUCAUGUGUGCACGCAUCCUCACCAGCAUGCUGUCGCUCAUCAAGAAGGAGGAAAACGGCACCGCGGAGCCCAUGGUCUCUGAGGAGGUGGAGCUAAUCGUCGAGAGCCUGCUGGGAGUUUUACUGCGGACAAUCCUGGAAAUCAGCAACAGGCCCCAGCCUGCCGGCCCCAGUAUGAGACUGCAGUUUCAGGAUGUCACUGGAGAGUUUGUAGCGUGUUUGUUGGCCCUCCUGCGACAGAUGAGCGACAGACACUACCAGCAGCUGCUGCAGGCGUUCAACAGCAAAGACAACCUGAGGGACUUUCUUCUUCAGAUCUUCACUGUCUUCAGGAUCCUAAUCCGACCAGAAAUGUUUCCCAAAGACUGGACUGUGAUGCGGUUGGUUACAAACAAUGUCAUCAUCACAACCGUCCUCUACCUUUCUGACGCUCUGAGGAAAAACUUCCUCAAUGACAAGUUUGACUACAAGGUGUGGGAUUCAUACUUCUAUCUGUCUGUAAUAUUCAUCAACCAGCCGUGUCUUCAGCUGGAGUCCUUCUCCCCCUCCAAAAGGAAGAAGAUACUGGAAAAGUAUGGAGACAUGAGGGUGAUGAUGGGCUGUGAGAUCUUCAGUAUGUGGCAGAAUUUAGGAGAGCACAAGCUGAACUUCAUCCCGGCCAUGAUUGGUCCGUUCCUGGAGGUGACACUGGUGCCUCAGCCUGAUCUGAGGAAUGUCAUGAUCCCCAUCUUCCAUGACAUGAUGGACUGGGAGCAGAGGCGCAGCGGCAAUUUCAAGCAGGUGGAGGCCAAACUGAUCGACAAGCUCGACAGCCUGAUGUCGGAGGGCAAAGGAGACGAGACGUACAGGGAGCUCUUCAACAGCAUAAUUCCUCUGUUUGGUCCGUACCCUAGCCUGCUAAAGAAGAUUGAGAGAGAGACGUGGAGGGAGAGCGGCAUCUCUCUGAUUGCAACCGUCACUCGGCUAAUGGAGCGAUUGCUGGACUACAGAGACUGUAUGAAGCUCGGAGAGGUUGAUGGGAAAAAGAUUGGAUGUACUGUCAGUUUACUGAACUUCUACAAAACGGAGCUGAACAAAGAGGAGAUGUACAUCCGCUACAUUCACAAACUCUACGACCUGCACUUGAAAGCACAAAACUACACAGAGGCUUCUUACACCCUGCUGCUGUAUGACGAGUUAUUAGAAUGGUCAGACAGGCCGCUCAGAGAGUUUCUCAACUACCCCAUGCAGAGUGAGUGGCAGAGGAAAGAGUAUCUGCAUCUUACCAUCAUCCAGAACUUUGACCGGGGGAAGUGUUGGGAGAAUGGGAUUAUCCUGUGCAGAGAGCUGGCUGACCAGUAUGAGUCUUAUUAUGACUACAGGAACCUGAGCAAGAUGAGGAUGAUGGAAGCCUCUCUCUACGACAAGAUCAUGGACCAGCAGAGACUAGAACCUGAAUUCUUCCGAGUGGGUUUCUACGGCAAGAAGUUUCCUUUCUUCCUACGGAAUAAGGAGUUUGUGUGCCGCGGCCAUGACUACGAGAGGCUGGAAGCUUUCCAGCAGCGGAUGCUUAACGAGUUCCCCCACGCCAUCGCCAUGCAGCACGUCAACCAGCCCGAUCAGACCAUAUACCAGGCAGAGGCUCAGUACCUGCAGAUCUACGCCGUGACGCCCAUCCCAGAGAGUCAGGAUGUGCUGCAGAGAGAUGGAGUGCCUGACAACAUCAAAAGCUUCUACAAGUUCAAUCAUAUCUGGAGGUUCAGAUACGACCGGCCCUUUCACAAGGGUACCAAAGACAAGGAGAAUGAGUUCAAGAGCCUGUGGGUGGAGAGGACAACCCUGACUUUGGUGCAGAGUCUUCCAGGCAUCUCCCGCUGGUUUGAAGUGGAGAAGAGAGAGCUGGUGGAGGUGAGCCCGCUGGAGAACGCCAUCGAGGUGAUCGAGAACAAGAACUUGCAGCUCCGCACAUUGAUCACACAGUGUCAGAGCCGGCAGAUGCAGAACAUCAACCCCCUCACCAUGUGCCUCAACGGGGUCAUCGACGCCGCAGUCAACGGGGGGCUGGCCCGCUACCAAGAGGCCUUUUUCGUGAAGGACUAUAUUAUGAAUCACCCGGAGGACGGUGAGAAGAUUGGGCGACUGAGAGAGCUCAUGUUUGAGCAGGCACACAUUUUGGAGUACGGCCUCGCUGUGCAUGAAAAGUUUGUCCCCCAGGACAUGAGACCUCUCCAUAAGAAGCUAGUGGACCAGUUCCAUCUGAUGAAAUCCAGUCUGGGUAUACAGGAGUUUCCUGCUUAUGUGCGCGCAAGCCCAGUGCACUUCACCAACGGGAGCCCACGAACAUGCAGGAACUCGGUGCCAAACAUCAUCAGCCCUGACGGUGGCAGAGGGGUUACAAGGCGGAGCUAUCCUGCAGUGAACCGCUACUCCUCGUCCUCUCUGUCGUCUCAGGCCUCCAAUGAAGUCAGUAAUAUCACAGGGCAGUCUGAAAGUUCAGAUGAAGUCUUCAACAUGCAGUUCUUGCUGUGUUCCCCCCUACAGCCCAGCCCGUCUACCUCGAGCCUCAGCUCCAACCACUCUGCCUCUCCCAACGUCACCAGCUCUGCCCCCUCCAGUGCCAGAGGUUCACCACAGAUGGCAGAGAAACACAAACAUUCCAGGGAAAACGCCUGUCUGUCGCCACGAGAGAGGCCGGUCAGCGCCAUUUUUCCCAACCCCCUGGACCCUGCACAGAGAGCUCCUCCUCAUCAGAUAGGAGAUACCACUUUACCAAGGAGUGACCCCAACCUUUCAGCACCGGAGAAAGUGAGACCCACACCCAGUAGCUGGAGCCUCGACAGUGUCAAAGAGGGCGCUCCAUCCUUCUCUGACUCUGUCGGGAAAUUGCUAUGCCCUCCUGUUCCUCCUAGGCCGCCAUACUCAGCAGGCUCUUCAGCUAAAAACAUGAGGUCACAGUCCCCUGUCUCCGCAUCCAGAUCGCCGCAAAAGACCACAGUGCCACCCUUCACCCCCUCGCCCACCGAGUGCCAGUCAGCCAGCCUGGUCUCCAACUCCCCCGUCCUCUCCGGCAGCUACAGCAGCGGCAUCUCCUCCCUGAGCCGCUGCAGCGUGUCUGAAGCCUCUGGAACAGAGCUGCCCGCUGGUGACCACCCGCCCCACCCGCCCACCACCUUACCAAACUCCGUCUCCAGCAGCUCGGACGAGCCGAUCCGCCGGGAGAACAAGACCCCACCUCCUUACAGCGUGUACGAGAGGAACAACCCACGCAGGCCUGUGCCGCUGCCCCACAGCCUCUCCAUCCCCCCACAGGUGGACCCUCCGGCGCUGCCACCCAAGCCUCACCAGCUCCGCACAGGCAGCAUGAAGCUGGACGGGACAGCUGACCCUCGAGUCCCCAGACCCAGACCUCUGCCCAGGAAGGUGUCCCAGCUAUAGGUGCUGAUUUGGGUCCACAUCUGGAGCUUGAAGAAACACACUGGCGUAUUUUGCACUUUUCUACUGGGCACACACUUGUUUUUUUGGUGGCAUGUCUAAACCCACACUCCCAUAAAAGACACAGGCCUACAGAUGAACAGGCGGUAAAAAUAAACAGAGGAAACUGUCAAAUAAUGGACAUUUCGUUUUGUAUUUGCUAGAGGGCAUUGACUCUGACUUGGUCAUUCUGCACUUUUAGCUCUAGUAUGUACAUUACAGUCACCACAGUCAAUCACAGCAUAUGUUUACCAGAACACUCUAGAAAAACACCGUUUUGAUAGAUGUAAUAAUCUGAAAUAUAUGUAUAUUGGUAUAUAUGAGAAUUGUUUUUGCCUUAAGUAUUGGAAACAGAGUCUUUUAUCCGUGAGUCUUGCACGAUUUUUUUUUAACUCUGUACAUUUUGUAAAAUGUUUGGCUAAAAGGUGCUAGAGGCCUCGAGUAUGCAUUUCAGUGAAGUCUAGGAGACAAGGUUGUGUUCCUAUAGUCAUAUCCACACAAGCAAUGGCACAAAGAAAGUGGCAAAGCAUUUUAAAAGCUUUUAAAAACUCUAGUUAAAUAAAUAACACUUUAGGCAUUUUAUAUGAUGAAAAGUUCAGAUUUGACGUGGUAAGAAUGGCGGCCAAUUGCAUUUGGUUUUAAACUAGGAAAUUCAUAAAACAGAGAGGGUUUUAGGGGAAUUACCACCUCAAAAAACACUCUUCUACCCUUUUAGCCUCUGAGAUUUUACGCUUACCAAAAACUGCCCCUAUUGAUAAAGAAAAUGCCAUGCCUGGACCAAACAAACAAGAAAAACUCGGGUAGUACUUAUUUACUUAGUAUAUAAUAAUAAGUGGAACUUAUCUAGCAAUUUUUUUAAGAAUAAGGUGGUGAUUACUGAGGGAAUAGGUUGGUAUUGUACCAAGAAAUAAGUCGGUAAUAUUAAGGAAGUAUUUACCCAGUCAUAAUCAAUUGUCUGAAUCUCUCCAAAGCUUACAGAAGGGCAGACAUUUCAAAGUUUUCCUUCCUUCAUUUUAAGUCCAUAUGAAUUGAUUUCUGAAGUGGAGAGCAGUAACUGGCAGACUUUUGAUCAGUGCAACACAUCCAGCUACCUAGUGUGAAUACGUACAGCUAACAUAACCUAUUCAAAGGUCAGAGGUUACUGUGAGUUGUGUGAGAUUAGAGGCGCUGAACCAAAGCAUGGCGAAACGAGGUUUGAUAAGAGCAGCAGAGCCUCAGUGAAACGAUCUCUAACGUUAACACCGGUGCUUAGACAGAUUCAUGGUGCAUUUUUUACCGAUCCAGUACUCCACGGACCGAUGCACUCAGACCUUUGACGUAAAGAUUGGUUAACUGAUCCGGAUCAGUUUAUCUUUACACCACUAGUAAUAAUGUUUUCAUUAUCAAGGAACCCCCAGUGAGAUUGUGGCAAAUCUCUGGUUAUUAGGUGGUACUUACUCAAAUCCUCUAACCCAGUGGUUCUCAAUGGUCCAGCCUCAGGACCCAUUAGUCUAUCUUACGACAGAUCGUGACCCAGGUUUCCAAAAAACUUUCAACAAUGCGUGUUUAGUUAAUUGAAUAUGUUGUAGUUUGGAGCAUGACUGGACCAAAACGCCUGAUAUUAAAAAAGAAAAGGGACAAACUGACAAAUUUUUUAGCCUCUUUCCCCAUCAUUUGUGUCAAUUGUUGCCAGUUUUUCAGAAAACUUGUGAAAUUGCUUCAUUAUCAUGGAAAAGUUAUAAGUUAGUCCAUUCAUUGCUAGUAGAGGAGAUAAAUAUUUUGAUGGAGAUAAAUUGUUUGAAAUAUUUACCAAGCAUCUAAAUUUACCCAAUUUUGAGUAAAACAGAGUAAAAUAAAAGGUAUCAAUGCAUGUCCAAUAAGGACUUUUGUUUUCAGACACCCAGUCAUGACCCACUGAAAACUGCCCCGCGACCCACUUUUGGGUCCCGACCCACCAGUUGAGAACCACUGCUAUAACCCUAACCCAACUCUAACCCUAACCAUUGUUAUAGUGUACAAAAUUUCUGGUGUCUCUCUGCCAGUUAAUUUCUUUAUUUUGGCCUGCUACAUUAAAGUGAGUCCUUCCUGAAUAAUUUCAAAGUAAUUUUUAGGGUCAUGGU